AUGGCACCGCUCGCAGUUACCGAUCCACUGGCAUCAAUGCCCUUAGAGCCUGUUGCCAUAAUUGGCAUGGGAUGUCGGUGGCCCGGAGAUUCUGAGACACCCUCGGAGCUAUGGGAAUUUCUGGAGGCCAAGCGAAAUUCUUACAGCAAGUUCCCAACGGACAGGAUCAACGGAGAAGCAUUCUACCAUCCGGAUCCCAAUAGACCUGGGUCUUUCAAGACUGAGGGGGGUAGCUUUCUCAAGUCUGAUGUGCGACAGUUUGAUGCCAACUUCUUUGGAAUCCAUCCGAAAGAGGUGCUCACGUUGGAUCCCGCACAGCGAAAGUUACUUGAAGUCGUUUACGAAGCUUUUGAGUCCGCAGGCGUUCCUCUUCACAAACUAUCUGGUUCCAACACGGGAACAUUUAUCGGAAACUUCAAUUACGACCAUCAGUUGAUGCAAUAUCGCGAUGCGGAGAAUGCAUUGCCUUAUUCUGUGACAGGAAGUGGUAUCACUAUCCUCAGUAACCGAAUCAACUACAUUUUCAAUCUCAAAGGCCCUUCUAUGACGUUGGAUACUGCUUGUUCAAGUUCUCUCUACGCACUACAUCUCGCCUGCUCGGCGAUUCAGACUGGUGAUUGUACUGCUGCAGUUGUUGGAGGUUCAAAUUUAAUUCUAACACCGGAGUGUCAAAUCUUUUCUUCCGUCUUGGGGGCUGUGUCUCCGACUUCAGUUUGCCAUACCUUCGAUUCUCGCGCUGAUGGAUAUGCCCGGGCUGAUGGUAUCGGCGCGCUUUUCAUCAAGAAGCUAUCCCAGGCGGUGGCUGACGGUGACCCAAUUCGUGCGAUAAUUCGGGGGACAUCAUUCAAUGCGAACGGUAGAACAGGGGGAAUCACACAUCCAAGUCCAGACGGUCAGGAGGCAUGCAUACGACGAGCAUAUGAGCGUGCAGGCGGCCUCGAUGUGUCUCUUACAGGGUACUUUGAGUGCCACGGAACAGGAACACCUGUCGGUGAUCCAAUCGAAGUGUCUGCUAUUGGAAGAGUCUUCGCAGACGCUAAGCUUCCCUCACAGCCAUUGUUGAUCGGAUCGAUAAAGUCCAAUAUGGGUCACAGCGAGCCCUCUAGCGGUAUCGCUGGGGUGAUUAAGGCUGUCUUAGCCAUCGAGAAAGGCAUAAUUCCCCCCACGAUUGGCAUCGAGACCCUCAAUCCGAAUAUUGACUUGAAGGACGGCCGGCUCAAAAUCGUGACUGAGAGUACUCUAUGGCCAGACCUACCUGUGCGCAGAGCAAGCAUCAACUCGUUCGGAUACGGUGGUUCAAAUGCCCAUGCCAUCAUCGAAUCUCCGGAAUCGCUCUUACCAGGUUAUAGGGCACGUCAACAGGCUAGUUCAGAUUCCUUCAGCAUUGAAGCCUUUGCCAGCGCCAACGGAGUUUCUCAACUGGCAUCGCCUGCUGAAAAUAGGCAGACCAACGGCCACACUAAUGGCCAUAGCCAUGCACAGGCCAGUGCUGAUGGUAGUAGCAGUGGCAAUUGUGUGCUCAAAGACAACGGGAAUAGGUCCAAGUUGGAUAAGACUCGGUUUCUACUACCGUUUUCCGCCCACGACGAGAAGACACUAAGGGCAAAUUACAAAUCUUUAGUCGAAAACAUAGAGAAGUGGAACGUGGAAGACAUUGCUUUCACACUUAGUGCUAGGCGAAGCUUGCUGACUUACCGCUCAUUCGUAGUAACGAGUAGCGAUAAUACCAGACAUGAUCUACCAGAAGAGAAUGAGCUAACUGUUGCGAAGAGAUCUUCCAAUGCUCAUCCUUUUCUUGGCUUUGUCUUUACUGGUCAAGGGGCCCAGUGGCCGCAAAUGGGACUAUCGUUGAUGAAGGAAUUUCCAAGCUUUCUCUCCACAAUUCGCAGACUGGACGGAUAUCUCGACGAUAUUGGGUAUCGCAGUUGGCAUAUUGAGGAAGUGCUCAGCCAGGAUCCGGAACAGAACCCAGUAUACAACGCUGAGCUUUCACAGCCCCUGGUGACCGCAUUGCAGAUCGCACUUGUUAACUUGCUUUCGUUGUGGAAUAUCAAACCUCACGCUGUCGUCGGUCAUUCAUCUGGAGAAAUCGCAGCCAGCUAUGCUGCGGGCAUGCUGACUGAACGUGAAGCGAUGGUUGCAGCCUAUCUGCGUGGUGUGGCUGUGGCACAGAAUAACCAAAAUGGAUUGAUGAUGGCUGUUGGUUGCCAACUUUCCUAUAUCCAACCCCUUGUUGAUAAAUUUGACGGGGAGAUAGUCGUCGCAUGCCAUAAUUCCCUUGAAAGCUACACUUUGAGUGGAGAUGCAGAUGCUAUAGUCCAGCUCAAGAAGACUUUGGAUGAGGAGAAAAUCUUCUGCCGCUUACUCUCCACUAACAACAAUGCUUACCACUCCCAUCACAUGAAAGCUUUCGGUUCGCAAUAUGAAAGCAACCUCGAAGUUUGCUCACCUAAGCAUGUGGAUUCGUACAAAGUCAAAGAUGCCAAAACAUGGUCCACAGAAGCCGUCUUCUUCUCUUCAGUUUUUGGCCACGCUACUCCUAGGUCAUUAUUGGGUCCAAAGUAUUGGCGGCAGAAUCUAGAGUCUCCGGUGCUUUUCCACCAAGCCGUCACAGAUAUGGUUUCACGGGUUCCUGUAGAUGCUCUUGUUGAGAUCGGGCCUCAUAGUGCGCUUAGGGGACCGCUGCGACAGAUGUCGAAGAUUAUGGAUAGUGGUUCGAAGUUCCCAGAAUAUUUUACAGCAUUAGUCAGGGGGGACGAUAAUGUAAAAAAUAUCCUUACUCUAGCAGGCAGUCUUUACAACAGGGGAUACGAAAUAGACCUCACUCGAGCCAACGCUAUCGAAGACACAGGGGGGGAUCAGUGUCAAUUCGGCAAGGUCAUUACAGAUUUGCCCCGUUAUCAGUGGCAGUACUCAAAAGAUAUUCUUCUGUAUGAAAAUCGCUAUACUCGUGAGUGGAGGUUGCGCAUGCACCCAAGGCAUGAUAUAUUGGGAAGCCGAGUUCCCGGUGGAAAUCGGACAGAACCUACAUGGCGAAACCUGCUCUCAGUGAAAAAUGUCCCAUGGUUGAACGAUCAUAAGCUCGGAACCGAAUGUGUCUUCCCAUCGACUGGAUAUCUCUGUAUGGUUUUAGAGGCAGCUAUUCAAGUUGUCGAACUUGACGGUAGAAUUUCUACCGAUGUAGUGUAUUAUGAUAUCCAGGAUGUUAGCCUAUCCAAGGCAUUGAUUAUUCCAGAGGACGAUCAUGGCAUAGAGACCCUGUUCAGCUUGCGACCAGCCUCCCUGAAUGCCAACUCGCGACACCAGUGGCUAUUCGAAUUUACUCUUACCUCUGUUUCGAUCGAGGAAGGACGAGACAUCUUCUCAGAGCAUUGCCGUGGUCUGGUAGAAGUGAGCUUUGAACGACAUGAAUUCCCCGAGAGCCAAAUGAUGAAGGAUAUACAAGACGCUGCCACUGUUAGGAAAACUAUCAAUGCAGGACAGUGGUACCAAACAUUUGCAAGAGUGGGACUCUUCUACGGUCCAACAUUUCAAGGCCUGUCUAGUAUAUUCGCUGUGGGAGAAAAAACCAUGGUCGAAGCACGAGUUGACUUGGAACCGGCCGCAAAGAUAAUGAAAGGGGAGUCGAGAUACCUCAUACAUCCGGCCACACUGGACGCCAGCAUGCAACUCUCCAUCCUUGCAGCUCACAAGAGCGAUACCACCAAAUUUCAACGAGCUUUUAUGCCUACAGCAUUUGACAGCAUUAGAGUAUGGCCUAAUAUGGUAGGACAGGGCCAUGGAUUCGCUACAUCCUAUGCCAGCGCUCAUUUGAAAGGUGUACGAGGAUUGUCUUCGGAUAUUGUGCUGCUAAAUGCCCACCAUCAACGAAUGCUGGAAGUAAACAACGUCCUCUUGACCGCAUCCGACCAGUCGGCACCGAAACUCAUUGAGAAUUCGAGUCCCUAUACGCGUAUUAUCUGGAAACCAGAUUUUGACCACCUUAGUACAACCAUUCUGGAAAAGAUAUUUAAGCCAGUGGUUCUGAGUGAUGACGCUGUGAUCCCUUCCUUGAACCACCUCGCCCUGCAUCAACUUAUCCACUUCAAAUUAACAAAUCAGGAGAUAUUUGAAGCCGGUUCCGAGAAAUGGCAUCUGCAAAGACUUCUAGACUGGACGACUGAGAAACUUGAUCUCGCAAAACUCGAUCCCAACUCUCAUGCCCAGAAAAUCAUGAGUUAUAGUAACAAAUUUCGGGCUGAAGAGAUCAACAGACUGUCCGAUAUUCUGAAACCACAGUCAUCGGAAGCUCGACUAAUGUGUCAUCUCUAUGAUAACUUACACGAAAUAUACAGUGGGGAAAAGACUGGCAUCGGGGUCGCGUUGCAAAAUAACCUGCUUCAAGAUUACUAUGAGACAGGCCAGGUCUAUCGUGAAGGCAAUAGGCGCCUGGCCGCUAUAGUUUCUCUUUAUGCCCACCACUCCCCAGGGCUUAAGAUCUUGGAAGUGGGUGCGGGUACCGGUAGCGCCACGAACGGGCUUCUCCCAGCUCUUAAAGGUGAUAGUGUAUGGAGGCAGUACUCGGAAUAUCGUUUCACAGACACAACAACCUCCUUUCUGGCCGAGGCCAAAGACAGAUUUUGUCAGUAUGGUGGGAUGACAUUCGGGUCCUUUGACAUGGAACAGUCGCCAGACUCUCAGGGUUAUGAACGGGACUGGGAUCUCAUCAUUGCGUCAAAUGUUAUUCAUGCUACUUCAGAUAUUAAAAAGACCCUGACCAAUAUCCGUAGCAUUCUCAAGCCCGGUGGCAAGUUGAUUCUCUUGGAGUUGACCCAAUCUCAACUUAGUGCGACCCUGGUGCUGGGAACGUUCAGCGACUUCUGGAAGGCUGAUUAUGAUCCCACGUAUCCACGAUACGACGGACCAUUCUUAAGCCAGUCACUUUGGAGAACCGUCUUACUAGACGCAGGAUUUAGUGGUCUCGAUUUUCUACUUGACGAUUAUGCUGCUGAAAAUGUCUCGACAACAGUUUUAUGUGCGACGGCUAUAGAGCCUCAGUCACAUGUAACACUGUCGACGGGUAUUUCUGGUCAUGAAGGUAUAUCUUUCAUCUACCGAAAUAGUACAGAGCCUUUUAUGCAGUCACUUGCUAGUCAUAUUUCGAGCUCCAGAGGUGUCCCAAUUGAAUGCAUUCCGCUUAGAGCGAUUGACUCUGCUCGCUACCAAAGAUUUGUCUUUCUUCUAGAAACCACCGAUCCGUUCUUUGUGAAUGUGACUACUGAAGAGUGGACGGCUUUUCAGUUGGGACUCAAGCGAUCAGCUUCUUCUCUCUGGAUAACUAAUGGGGAUCUCAUGACCGGCAAGGAGCCACUGCAUGCGAUGAUUUCGGGCCUCGUCAGAGGCAUGAAGACCGAAGAUAGUUCUCUACGUUUGAGUAUUCUCGAUCUCGACAAAACUCCACAAGCUUCAGAUACUAAAUUAUUCGAUGUGAUCGAAGAGUUAGAGGCCAGGGUUGCUAAUAUCACCGCUGUUGAUGAUGAUUCCGAGUUCAGAUAUAAAGAUGGGACUCUCUACAUCAGUCGACUGGCCCCAGAUGAGGAUUUGAAUGAAAAAUACAAUGAAGCCGCUGAAAGGUCUUCCGGCUUCGAAAAAAUUGCUCUCAGAGAUUUGAAAACUUUACCUCUUCAGAUUGCAAUUGAAAAACCCGGCAUCCUAAGCACAAUCUACUUUAAACCGGAUCCUGCUUUCAGCAACUUAUUAGCCGCAGAUGAAGUAGAAAUUGAAGUAAAGUAUGCGGGUCUUAACACCAAAGACAUCGCUGUUCUUAGCGGUCGACACCAUUCCAACUCGUUCAGCGACGAGUGUUCCGGUAUCAUUACCAAGUGCGGUCGUGAUGUUCAAAAUUUGAAAGUUGGCGACCAAGUUUACUGCCAAUCGUUUUCCAAGUUUGGUAAUUAUGUCCGAGAAAAGGCCAUAUUUUGCCAACGUCUUGAACAGGGUGACACUCUUGAGGGGACAAGCACACUCCCGAUAGUUUUCAGCACCGCCCUGUAUGGAUUGACAGACCUUGGCCGUUUGGCCAGAGGAGAAUCAGUCCUUAUACAGUCUGCAACUGGCGGUGUAGGCCUUGCAGCUUGUCAAGUAGCCCAUAUGAUUGGAGCCGAGAUUUUCGCCACCGUUGGCACAGAGCACAAGAAGAAAGAACUGUUGAGCUUAGGAUAUGGUAUAAAAGAAGACCACGUUCUUUGGUCACGCGAGAAAUCCUCUGCCAAGAAGUUGCUAGAGAUGACAGAGGGUAAGGGUAUUGACGUUAUUUUAUGUAGCGCUCGUGGUGAUUUCAUGCACGAGUACUGGAAAUGCAUUGCCACGUGCGGUCGAUUUGUCGAUAUCGGACGAACAGAGGUUUUGGAUAAUGGUAGGCUGAGCCUAGAUGUCUUUCGUCGCAAUGCUACUUUUACAUCAUUUGAUCUCGAAGUCUUGAGCAAGACUAAACCUGAAGUAACUGCGUCGUUGAUGAAGAGAAUCCAGCAACUAAAGUCUCAGGGGCAUAUUCGACCAUUGCCUUGUCAGAAAUUCCAUAUUUCUGAGGUGGAGCAGGCAAUGAAGACUUUUGCUAGAGGCAGCCAUAUUGGGAAGCUGCUUCUCCAAUACGAUGACCAGUCUGAUCUGGGGCUUAAUGUACGCCGAGACCCGUUCAAAGCCCAGUUUGACCCGAAUGCGGCCUAUCUCCUUGUCGGCUGUCUGGGUGGUCUAGGUCGAAGCUUCAGUAGUUGGGCGGUCUCCCGCGGAGCGCGAAACUUGAUCUACCUCUCUCGCAGUGGUGCAGGUAAUGAGAUAGCCAAAAGCUUCAUCGACGGGCUCAUUGCAAAGGAUAUCAACAUCUCGGUUAUACGAGGUGAUGUGACAUCCCUUCAAGACGUCCGGACAGCAGUGAAGAGCACCAAGUUACCCAUUAAAGGAGUAAUUCAAGGCGCUCUCACCCUUCACGACGGUCUCUUCGAGUCAAUGAACCUUGAAAAAUUCAACAGGACUGUACGUCCCCGUGUUAUAGGCACCUUGAAUCUUCACGAAGCGUUGAAGGACUGUCCACUCGACUUUUUCGAGCUCUGGUCUUCGUGGACAGUGGUCUUCGGCACAGCAGCACAGAGCAACUAUCUGGCCUCGAACGCGUUUCUCGAUGCUUUUGCACGCCACCGUCAGGCUGCAGGAUUACCAUGCACAAGUUUGGCGUUGAGCCAAGUGCUAGGUAUUGGUAUCGUGUCGUAUAUGCCCGAGUAUCAGCAAGCGAUGAUCCGAAACGGAUUUUACGGCAACGACGAGGAAGACUUCUUGAAGUACUGUGAGGCGGGAAUUACUACACAGAAUAUGAAAGACCACCCGACAUUUCGAUAUGAUCCACAGACCACCAGCCACUUAUUGGCUGGAAUUGAACCCGCCGGCCUACAGAAUGUUGGGCACCAGUAUCCUCUUUCAGAGAUGCUUUGGUACCGCGACCCUCGAUUCAAGAAUCUCACCCAGGCCACAAACCUGCUGUCUUCGGAUAGCAAGAGCAAACCACUCGAUCAAGGGCAGGAAGGUUGUGCGUUGGACCGGAUUCGUAUGAAAAUUUCCCGACUACUAUACGUGCCGCUCGACGAGGUUGAUGUUGGCAAGCCAGUCAAUGACUACGGCAUCGAUAGUAUGAUUGCAGCGGAGUUACGAAACUGGUUUUUUGCUAGUUUUGGCAAGGAUAUCAGCCUAUUGAAGUUGUUAGGUGCAACGAUGACGAUCCAGAAACUGGCAGAAGAAGCAGAGCAGGAAGAAUAG